GAGAGAUUAGAAGCAGAACGUAAAGCCGAGGAAGAGAGAUUGGAAGCCGAGCGUAAAGCUGAGGAAGAGAGAUUGGAAGCCGAGCGUAAGGCAGAGGAGGAGCGAAAAGAAGCAGAACGUAAACGGCUUGCUGAAGAAGCAGCCGCAGCCGCAGCCGCAGCAUUAGAAAAGCAAAAGCAAGAAGAUGAAGCACGUAGAAAAGAAGAAGAGGAACGGGAAUCGAGACGUGUUAUCCAUGAACUUGAAGCUGAAAAAAGAAAACAAGAAGAGUUGCGCGCUCAUAAAGUUGGACGAGUACCAUCACCUUUGAUUACCCAUGACAGUCUUGUCACCGAUUCACCUCUAGCAUCACCAACGGUAAUCAAUAAGGCUCCGCCUAUUCAGGCUACUUUGAUCGAUGAUUUUAGUAAAAUUACGUAUCCUGAAGGAAUUACAGGUCCCAAUAUUACCGACAAGAAGAAGUUAAUGUACAGCACAAACUUUAUGAUGCAAUUCCGCCCCGUUUGUUUGGAUACAGAUUUCGACCUUUCAGUCAUUAGAGAGUCUUUGGAACAAAGUAACAAUAGUCGUGCAAAUUUUCAACGCCAAAACUCUGACCGUGGUAACAGAGCUCCUCGUACUCCAAGUGGCAUGAACAAUGAUAACAAUAUGUUCCGAAUGGGAUCCCGUGAUGGCCGUAUGGAAAUGGGUAAAUUUAAUAUGGGUCGUCCUUUGACUGUCCGCAACAAUAGUACACAGAAUAUGGAGCGUCAAGGUUCUCGCGGUGGCGGUAUGUCGAACCGUGGUGGUGGACGUGGUGGAAGCAAUUUUGGCGGCAUGAAAAUUAUCCGCAAUCCACCUCAACAGCAUAAUGCACCAGCCUCACCAGGUGCUCCUUUGGACGAUCUUCCUCUUCCCAAGAGUGAAAACAGAUGGGUCCCUGUCAGUGCCCUCAAGAAAGCCGAAGCUCCCAAGGAAGGCGAACUUAUGUCACAAGAAUACAUCACUCGCAAAGUUAAUGCUCUCCUCAAUAAGUUAACUUUAGAGAAGUUUGAUUCUAUUGCUGGACAAAUAUUCGAGUAUGCUAAGCAAUCUGCCAAAGAAGAAGAUGGUCGGUCUUUACGUACUGUUAUUAAGUUGGCAUUUGAAAAAGCUUGUGAUGAACCUGCAUUCGCCAGUAUGUGGGCUCGCUUAUGUAGAUAUAUGCUGGAUAAUAUGACAGACGAUAUAAAAGAUACUAGCAUUUUAGAUAAUGAAGGAAAACCUACCAGCGGUGUACUUCUUUUCAGGAAAUACUUGUUCAACCGUUGCCAAUCCGAAUUUGAAAAGGGGUGGAAAGUUAAUAUGCCAGUUGUAGAUGAAGCAACUAUGCUUACUGAUGAAUAUUAUGCUGCUGCUAAGGCUAAGCGUCAAGGCCUCGGUCUAAUUCAAUUUAUUGGUGAACUUUUCAAGCUUGAUAUGCUUUCCGAACGUAUCAUGUAUAGCUGUAUGAUCAAGCUUUGUAAUGAUCCACAGAAUGCAGGUGAUGAAGAGGCAGAAUCGCUAUGUAAGUUACUUACCACCAUUGGACAAGUUCUGGAUAAGAAGCCUAAGACUGCCAAAUGGGUGGAUAUUGUUAUGACAAGAAUGAAGAAUGAAAUGAGCAGCAGUCCAAAGCUUACAUCUCGUGUUAAAUUCAUGAUUCAAGACGUGCUGGACUUGCGUAGAGAUAAGUGGGUACCUAGAAUAGCCAAUAAGCAAAUCGGACCUACCACUAUUGCAAAGAUUCAUGAGCAAGCUGAAAAGGAUAAAGAAAUUAAGGAAGCAGCAGCAGCUACGAAACGUAAUACCAGCUCUCGUGGCCAUUUUAUACCCAAUGCUAACCAAUAUAACAGUCAUAAUAAUCACCCUGUAUCUCGUACUGGCUCAUUCCGUGGUGGCUUCUCGUCUCCAUCCUCAUCAGGCGCAAAUCAAAUCCAUAACUCACACAACGGAAACUUGAAUAUUGGCAAUACCAAUAAUGUAACUGUUUCCAGUGACGACUGGAAUACAGUAUCGCAAGGUGCCAAUAAAAGCCGAGCUACUGAUCUCUCGAAUUUUGGUAAAAUGGAUAGAAGUCGUCCUAGAACUAAUAUCUUGGGUCCCUCCAACAGCCCUUUCCCCAGUUUAAGCCGCGGUAAAUCUGGUGUUAAAUUGGACACUAAAGCAUCUGCCGAUAGCGGUAGAGCUAGUCCUGCCACAAAUAUGUUUAGUGCCCUUUCGUCUACCGGCGAAAAAUCCACUACAGAAGAUCGCAAACCACUUGACUUAUUACCAAAGUCAGCAGACGCCACAGCUAAUAACGCCACACUAUCCCCUGCAUCAUCGCCACAACUCACUUCCGAUAAACCUAAAUUAUCAGAUGAAGCCGUUAAACGUAAAUGUAAGAAUAUUCUUGAAGAAUACUUCAGUAUUAAUGAUAAACAGGAACUAUCUGAGUGCGUUAAGGAGCUGGAUUGCCCUCAUUACCUCAUUCUUCUUGUUGGUCAAAUGCUUACUGUCGUUGAGAAAAAGGCGCAAGAUGUCGAAAAGAUGUGCGACACGAUAACGUACCUUCGUUCUCAAAAUCUUAUAUCAAAGGAACAUUUUAUUGGUGCCUUCACUUCUUUCAUGGAAGGUUAUGAUGACCUGACUAUUGAUGUACCUCAAGCUCCCAAAUUCGUAGCACAACUGCUUAAAGCUUGCGAACUUACACCUGAGGAAGUGAACGGUAGUGCUUUUGAGUCUCUGAAAAAUGCUUUUCAUACUUCUUAAUUUUAUGUGUAUACAAAGAUAGAUAUAAUAAAGAAAGAAAAAAAAAGUAGUAUAAGUCAAGAGAUAAGGCUUUCCUGCAACGAAUUAAUCAUUGACGGUUUCAAUGAUAGCAAAUUUUUUUAAAAAAAAAAGAAUAAAAAGACAAAGCCUCUCUUAUUUGAUUUAUCUAUAUUAGAUUUACACGAGCAUAAACAGUAAUCUAUCUUCUUUUGGUUUAAGUAUUUAUUUUAUAAUAGUACGUAAAAAUGUAAAAUCAAUGGUAGUCUUUUAAUGUCUUAGUAACAACUCCAG